UUUCCGCAUAUUCAGUCGUGGUUGGCUGGACCGCAUGAUUCAUCCGGUGUCUCUGCCCCCAAACCCGGUAGCUGGGGUUCUAAUGCUUUAGGAACCUUUGCAACGCAAGCCGAGGUCUUCGCCCACAGGUUCAUGCAGUCCUUGGUCAGAUACGUGUUGUAUUCGAACAACUGGCCGAGCGUGAUACCAUAGAUGAGUUUGUUCGAAUUUCCCUCCAUACCCACUCUCUUUGGGAAAGGCCCAACCUGUAGUGGUAUUGAUUUCACACUAGAACCGGCACUUGAGACAGAACAGACGAUGGCGGUGGAGCAAACAGAUUACAUCGUUGCAUGCUCGGCCUGCUCAAGCCGCAAAGCGGCGAGAGACUUAUCCAAGGGACAAGAGCUCGCCCGACAGCAAGACUACAUGACUGGAUCAAUCAUUGGUCAUGGUACUCUUGCUAUAAUCCAGAACCCGCAGUUCUCUUUCUUGUGCUGCUGCUCUCGCUGUCAAACUCUUCAGCAUAGUGCAUUCAAGGUUGUCUUUUCUGGAGACCUUUGCGGUUCUUCUUACAUUCUUUACAAUUUUUGGCAAUACUUUGGUCACGAGAAAUGUAACGUUCACUCCUCAACGCCAUGGUUCCGAGUUGUACAAGCCACUGUUUACCCCACCGUCAAACUCGACGCCGCGCUUCUUAAAUAAAACCAAGAAGGAAACAACCCCCCUGGUGGAAGCUGCUGUAGCUUUGA